GUGAUGUCUUUGAUAAAUCUUUGAAAAUAUGGCUCUCAAACUCAUUUUGCAAGCGUCAGGUUUAUUGAUGUUGCUACUCGUGCUAGCUGGAGCUCGUUCGCUCGACCCUGGUCGCAAAAAGAAGAAGUUUCAUACAGAUGCUUCAAGAUGGAAACAAAAGAUAGAUGGUUGGAGUCCCUGGCCAUUUUUACCGAGUCCUGGAAGACGUCAUGGUGCUAAUAAUUUAUAUCCAUUUAUGAUCAUAUCACCACCAGGGAAGUCAAAAAAGAACGAAGAUCAUUCAUUUGAUGAAAGAGGAAGCAAGUAUUUUUCACGUCGUCACGGUUUGCAAAAUACCUCGCGGAAAAACGUUGGUGGCUACCUUCCGCUGUACGACGUUGUUCGGUGCAAUUAUCCUGUAUAUCGGCCAUUGUUUAUAAGCUAUUUUAGAAGCCAUUUUAUGGAAGACCCCAGUUACCCACUUUUCUUACCUCCUUUUCUUCCUAGUAAAAGAUCUCACAACAAAAAAUUGGGAUUCUUACGAAACUUAAAUGAAAAAAGACAAUUUGUGCCACGUCAUCAUUGGGCAUUCAGCCAAUGGCCAUUCGACUCGCACGAGUAUGCGCAAAAUACAGAUCCCAUCUCCCUCUCAAAUCAUCCUCAUCUUCCAAGAUGUGGACCAGUGGAGUGGGGAGGUGCAGGACCUGGCUCUCAUUGGGCUAGAAAUUGUCAGGGUUUGCUCUCACCUUUUGGUAUUGGACUUGCCCCUCAAAUGAGUGGUCAAGGUUGUAGUAGUUUUGCCGUGCACCUACCUACAGGUUUUUGA